AUGGAUAUUCGUCCACCAGCAACUAUUCUUCAAUUUUCUGCAACGAUCAUAUCUGACAACAAGCAGGAUAAACUCCGCAGUUUUGUUGUUCAAUAUUAUGUCGAAGAUAAAGCCUUUCAAGUUUUCGAGAAAGUCGUUCCAAAUUCAGGAUUCAAUGGAGGAAAAUUCAUUACAAAGACAGUUUGCAAUAACCCAGAAACCGGAAAACCAUUUGAGCCAAAAGAUAUCUUUUUAGGAGCAAAAGUUAACAUUAAUGGAUUCAGAUUUAUCCUUCAAGAAGCUUCUGAAGAAUCCUUAAAGAUUAUGGAGUCUCGUCCUGAUGUAUUUGUUAAAGCAGAUCUCUCAGUUAUCAUUACUAAACUCAGAAAAGUCCUCGCAGGCAAAGCUCCAAAGAUAUUAGUAGAAUUCCAAAAGCAUGAUACUAAAAAGCAAUUUGUUGUACCUUUGGUUGACGUACAACAAGUUUUAGAAGUUUUUGGCAUCGUUAUGGGUGACCAAGAAUUUUUGACAUUAUAUAGAAGAUACCAGUUCGGAAAGAUAGAUGGUUUCAUGUAUCAAGACUUUUGCGAGGCCAUGGCAUAA